AUGGAGCGACAACAACGAUCAAUUCCGAGACCUGCUUCUGCCAUCGGCGACAACGAGCUUAGGAAAGAGAAGAUGGAGUUACCGGAGUAUGUUGAUGACAAAGAAGGAAGGAUCGAAAGAACUAUGAGGGAACAUGUGACGUUCACUUGGACAAUCAUCAACUUCUCAAAAUUGAAUUGCGAAAAGUUGUACUCCCAGACAUUCUUGGUUGACAACACUCCAUGGCGAAUUCUUCUGUAUCCACGAGGACAAGGGUUCAUGACAAAACGCUUAACAAUGUACAUGUGUGUUGGGGACAGUCAUAGUUUAUCUGGUGGUUGCUACACUAAUCCUACUAACUUCCGAAUUACUAUACUUAAUCAUCACGAGCAAAGCUUGGACUCCCAUAGUUUUGAGGAUUAUGGGUAUGGAAAAUACAACCGCGAAAAACUUCCUUCCUUUCAUCGCUGGCAAUUCUUGACUUUAUUUAACUUUCAUGAAAAUGGGUAUCUUAUGGAUGAUACUUGCACUAUUAUUGCUGAGGCUUCAGUCAAGAAGCAUGGUACUGAGCACAGUCACUUGAUUGCGAAGGGUAUCAUGUCUUCUUUAGAGUUAGUGGAUUUCAGGGAUCUAUGCAAAGUAGAGAAAAGAUUUGUUCAACUAUUGGAGGAAGCGUGUUCAUAUCACCCUAUUCUUAUUGAAAAUCAGAAGAAGAGGAAUAGAACUAAGAAGUUCAUUGAAUGGUCGUUCACUGCUUUGGGAAGAGUUUUGCAUUUUCUUGACACCACGAGUGUGGAGGAUAUGAAUGAUGAUGCAUGUAAUGAGCUUCAGAAUCUAUGGGAGGAACUUAAGACUUUUGGAUUUGAUGAUUUGACUUGGUUGGAGCUUCAUGUUCUAGAUGCAUUGUCUAUGAGAACCCAUAUGGAGGUUGAUCUUCAUGCAGCUAAAAUGGAGAAAUCGGUAAAGACAUAA